ACAUUCGAUAUAAAUACCAUCUACGAGACGCCAGACGUUGAAUUCAAUAUUUAAUAUUUUGUAUAACUAAGUGAUUUACCUAGCCCCCAAUUCGCUGCUAAUAAUGUCGGCGCUAUGGGACGAGACGCCGCUUUUCCACAAGGGCGAGAUAGUCCUUUGCUACGAGCCGGAUAAAUCGAAGGCCCGUGUUCUUUACACCAGCAAGGUUCUGAACGUCUUUGAGCGCCGGAACGAACAUGGCCUGAGGUUCUACGAAUACAAGAUCCACUUCCAGGGCUGGCGGCCCUCCUACGAUCGCUGUGUGCGCGCCCCCGUCCUGCUGAAAGACACCGAGAAGAAUCGCCAGUUGCAGAGGGAGUUGGCCGAAGCCGCCAAGCUGCAGAUUCGUGGCGACUACUCCUACAAGGGCACACCCGAUAAGCCGGCGGCCAAGAAGAAACGCGGCGGAAAAGCGGCACACGUUGAAGAAACCCUUGCGGACCCACUGGACACGGGACACCUCAAGGCGGAGCACGAAAUGGCGCCCACUCCACGAGCAGCAAGCAACCGGACGCGUGACAACAGCGGCGGCAAACGGAAGGAGAAACCUGCGCCCGCCGAUGCCCGAUUAAAGGGAAACCGGGGACGACAAACGGAGACCUACUAUCACAAUAACAUCAAUGAUGUAUCUGUCGAUGGCCAUGUGCCCCAGGAGGAUCGCGUUAUGAUGCGCGUCAGCGAGCGAUUGCGUGAGCUUAUAGAGUACGAUCGGAAUAUGGUCAAGGUACUAGGCAAACAGCACGCCCUGCCUGCGCGCGUGCCCAUCGUGACUAUCAUGGAGAACUUCGUCAAGCAGCAGGCCGUGGAGCUAGCCAUUAGCAUCAAGCAGGACAGCUCGAGAGCCAGGAACACGCAGAGUCGCAAUGCCCGAAUGGAGCGGGAAUACGAUCGCGUUAUGUCCAGUGUCUGCAUGCUGAAGGAAGUAGUGGAUGGAUUGCGCAUCUACUUCGAGUUUCACGUGGAUGACCACUUGCUGUAUAAGGAGGAGAAGGAGUACGUUCACAACUAUCUCACGGACGUCAAUAUGCGCAACUGCAGCCUAAUAUUAAACAAGUCGUACGAGUACAUCAAUCCCAGCGGCGACACGGAACUGAUCGGUCUGGACGGCACGCCAGUGGGCGAAGGGUCGGGCAACACCAAUGGACAGAUCGGAGGUAUUACACUCGGCGGUCCGGAGUACGAGAAGCAGUUGCAAAAGUGCCUGCUCUACAUCGUGACUACCAGUGGGAAAAACACUGCGCAGGCCUAUGAGAGGACGUCCCCGUACACGGCUGCCUACAAACUACCUAUGGAGAUGCGCGGAAUUCUUCACGAAACAUUCAAGUGGCGGCUCUUAUCAGCCGAAUCACCGCCAGAAAAGUCCAUGGUCUUUGGCGCUCCUCACUUGGUUAGACUGAUGAUAAAAAUGCCUAUGUUCUUAAACGCAUCGCCAAUCAGCAAUAAGAAGCUUGAAGAUCUACUUCCCCUCCUCGACGCCUUUAUCAACUACUUGGAGAAUCACAGGGAGUGGUUCGAUAAGGAUAACUAUGUGAACUCCACUGCCCUGCCCCAGGACGAGUUGCAGCGUGAGCUGUUGGACUCCUUGGAUGGAAUUGCUGCUUAGCUUUAGUUGAUCGUAGUUAUCUAGUUUAUUUAUUAUUAAGAUUAAAGCUUAUGUUCUUUUAUUUAAA